AUGGCGAGUAAAUUAGCAAAACUCGAGCAAGAAACGAUAACAAACUCCCUGGAGAUCGUGCACCACAAGGUGCGGCUGCUGAUGGAAGUAUGGAAAAUGUUUUUCGACGAAAUCUGCUACCUCGACUACCUGACGUCGUUGCCGUCCAGCAUCGAGCAGUUUCUCGGCGAAAUUUACUGCCUCACCAUGAGUUUCUGCGUGCGAAAGACGCAGCGCAUCCGCGGGCUGCAGACGGAAUUGUUUGAGCUGCGCCGCGUUCUGGGUGUGAGCAGCGAUGAACCCGAGGACGAGUGGGAACGGGGUGACAUAUCCCUUGAUCGUAAACUGUCCCUGCUGCAACAACGCGUAAACUUGUUGCGUCAGCAAAACCAAGAACGCGUGCGGCUGAUGGAAGAGUACAUGAUCGAGGAGACGAUGCUCCUUUGCGACCUCGGCGAGGCGGCUCCAGUACACGAACCAUUAUGCCCAAAUCCAGAAACUGGGAAACUCCCAGACGCACAGAGGAUGGCCCAGUUCGGUGAUUACCUCAGCCGCCUGCGUGCAGAGAAGGUGAAGCGGAUUGCCACGCGCGAGAAGCUUCAGUCCGACAUACGCAGAAAGGCACAGAUGCUAGACUGGGUGCCUCGCAAGGAUCGCCAUCGGCAGAUAAUUAAUCAAAAGACACUGCUUCCUUCGUUGGACAACUUGCACGAGCUGCAGCAUCUAGAUUUCGUGUUGUCGGGUCUGUUGGAGCGCAAGCGUCAACAGGAACAGCAGGGACAGAAACCAUCGCAGCCGCCACAAAAAGAGCAGCAAAAGAGUCAGGAAAAGCAGCAGCAGCAACAGAACCAGAACCAGCCAGAGCAACACCAAGAUGAGCAACCGGAUCAGAAUAAGCAACAACAGCAAAAGCAUCAGCAGCAACCGCCGAAACAGAAACAGCAACCGCCAGCACAAUCAACAAAGAUGAUACCGAUCAGCCAGACUCCUCCUCCACCACCUCCACCGCCUUCACCAGCAUCGGAAAUGGACGCAGCUAAUGCAGGCGGAGGUGCCGGGAGUAUUUUCGAGCGGACGAUCGAGGUGUACAAGCUUGUAGAUGCGGAAACCGGUCACCCGGUGGUGCGCGAGCGGAUCAUCAAGGAGAUGUUUCAGCGCGUCCGAGCCAGCAUCAACGUGUGGUGGGAGCGUUGUCUGAUCUCGCCGAGCGAACGGCAACAAUGCACGGUUCUGUACACGAACCAGCUCGAUGAGGACGCGUUCGUGGCGCAUAUCGAGCAGCAGAAGUUGCUGAAGAGUUAUUACCGCGAGAACGAGCCCAUCUUCGUGCUCAUAUUUCAGUGGUCCGAGCUGUGGAACAAGUAUCUGCAGCACGAGCGCUCCGCCAUCUCAGAGCCGGACACAGAAGCUAACAAGAAGCCAUCCGCGGUAACGGCCACCACUGAGCCGCCAAGGCAGCGCGAGGUAAGCAAAGAAUUGGAGGAGAUGAAACAGCAGCUGGAUGAUGUCAAGAAGCAGCUGGAAGGCAAAUGCCGCGAGUUCGAGCAGCGCUGUCAGGUGAAGUUUACCAUGUACGGGAUGCCGGUGAUGCACGUGCUGCGCCGUUGCCAGGAGAAGCGCGAGGAACUGAAGCUGGCCGCCUGCUGUAAGCCGUAUCCGUCGAAUCGCAACUGGAUUUCGGCCGCUGCCACCGCUGCUGGUCAGAAGCUGUCGCCGAAGACCGCGGAAGAUCUCGCCCGCAUGCUGGACAUUGUGGUGGUGCGCAAGAGUAACCCCAACGGAGGUCCGGAUUUGAUGGCGAUCGCAUGGGAUCAGGUAGACCCGCAGCUGGCAACCGAAUCGCUGCCGGAAGCUGAGACCCAUUCCGAUUCAGACGAUUCGAACCGCAGUGGCAGCAGCAGCGGCGAAGAUGCGGAUCAAAAGCGAGACGACGAGCUGUUGGAGGAGGCGUUUGCUUCAGCUACUGCGGUCACUACCAAAAGCCGAAUCCAUUCCGUAAACGGACACCCGGCGUCUUAAGGGCAGCAUGUGGUUUUAGAAUUUCGGAAACCUGAAGAUUUAUACAACACAUUUCAUUAAAGAGAAGCCACCGACGACGAUCGGGGGUUCGGUAGGUUUAGAGAUGCGCGCAUCAGCGCAACCUGCGCGGUGGAAACCGAGUGCCUUUUUUCCUCUCUUCUUGCCCACAUUUUUCCUCUGUCAAUUGUGAAAACCUUUGUUCUCUUUCUCUUCAUUCCCAACCACUUUUUAAAUAUGUACUUGUUUUUGGGGGCUAGGGAGGGGGAUUUUUUCAGUAGAAUUAAGUCAUCAACCAGCAGCUUCCGCUGUUUGGCCUGAACUGGACAUUAGUUCCUAAUGUAGCUGUUGUCCGUUUUUGCCGUGAUGCGCGAACUGCAUCGUUCGGCUCUUCGUUUAUCUAAACCGGAAUUAAAAAAAGGAAGAAAGUAAUACCAGCCAACGCACUGGUAGCUGCGAAUUUUAUCGUUAUAGAAUUCCGAACAUAUUUCGUUUAUAAAUCCUCGCGAGUUAUACUAAGGAGAACUAACCCCCAAGCAUAUAUCUAUGUACCACCCCUUACAUACAGAAUCGUUAACAGAUUUACCAAAUAAAAUUGCUUUUU